AUGCUGAGAGCACUGCAGCUACUUUUCGUAUUUGGAGUGCUGUGCUCGUCGACACAGGCCAAGAUCGUGCGCGCACAUCGAAGACGGCACGUCGUGACCAACAUCCACCCUCACAUACGACGGCAGGAUGACGUCUACCCGGUACUGGGUGUCCCUGGACAGGGUAUUAACACUACAGCUCCUCGACUAGAGAUCCGCGAGCUGCAACGGAACCCAGACCUGUUCAAUGUAUACCUGCUCGGCCUUCAGCGGUGGCAGAACACGAGCCAAGAUGACAAGUUCUCGUACUUCCAAAUCGCUGGCAUUCACGGUCGGCCGUUCAUAUCGUGGGAUGGUGUUGCAGGACGCUCACAGCCUCCAGAAGGAUACAAAGAGGGAUACUGCCACCACAGCAGUAAUCUGUUCCCAACAUGGCAUCGGCCAUUCCUUGCUCUGGUCGAGGAAUGGAUCUUCAUUUCUGCCCGUACGGUCAUUGCUGAGUUCCCGGAGGGUGAGUUCAAGGCGCGUAUGACUGCUGCGCUGCCUGCGCUAAGGCUACCGUUCUGGGAUGCUGCUGCUGUGCCUCCUGUUGGCACAGGAUCAUAUCCUUGUGAUGUGCAACGGGCGACCAUUGAAGUCGAGAUUCCAGAUGGGACGCGCUCGGCCAAGACCACCAUACCCAACCCUCUCUACUCGUACACUUUUCACCCAAUGCCAGGCAAGGAGCUCUUCGGCAAACUCCCAUGGACGCACUGGCCGACAACCCUACGCUAUCCCACAAGCAGGUGGGCGGAUGCACAGAGCCAGAACUCAAUGAUCGCAUCUCAACUCGAUCUCAACCUGGGCAAUCUCCGGCAACGCACGUACCAGAUGAUGGCGAUGCAGAAGAACUAUCAUAAUAUCAGUAACAACAUGGUCUCGCUCGGCGGUGUCCUCGACAGUCUUGAAUCGGUGCACGACACGAUCCAUAACACCGUCGGCAGCUCCGGACCAGGCCACAUGACCAAUGCCGCAUACUCGGCGUUCGAUCCCGUGUUUUGGCUGCUGCAUGCGAACAUCGACCGCAUGACGGCUGUUUGGCAGGCGCUGAAUCCUGAUAGCUGGGUGACGAAGCACUCCAAUCCGACGGCGACUUUUACCUCGGAGGCCGGGGCCUAUGCAGAUGAGAACACGCCUCUACAUCCUUUCCACCGCAGCAAAGCAGGAGACUUCUGGACUUCAGCGAAUGUGCGGGACCACACUAUCUUUGGGUACACAUAUCCGGAGCUCGUUGGUCUUUCGGCGGACGAUACUCUUGUGAUGAGGGUCAAUCGGUUGUACGGCAACGACGCAACGUCGCAGUUCUCAUGGAAACUGGGUGAUCCUCUCCCUUCGACUUCACCUAACAAGGGAUAUGCUUACAACGACCGCCGGUCGAUUCAAAUCAGCAGUCCCCAAGAAAACAGUCCGUGUCAGUACCAGUACUUCGCCAACAUCAGGGUGCGAAAGUCUGGCUCAGAGGGUGGGUACAAGAUCUUUGUCUUCUUGGGUCCCACAGAUGCGGCAACAGCUGGGUCUUCGUACGAUGCAACUGUGUGGAUGCGCAACGGGAGUUUCGUCGGCUUUACCGGAUUCCAGAGCAUGGGAUAUGCGGGCGAUGUCAUCUUAACGGCUCCGGGCGAUGCCAACGGAGUCGUUGCCAUGACGAACGCACUGGAAGAUCGCCUGAGGGCGGGAGACUUGUCGAGCCUCGAUGAGGGGACCGUGGGAAGAUAUCUACAUGAGCAUAUGAGCUGGAGGAUUACGACGGCUGACCACCGAAUCAUCACGCCCGAGGAUACACCAGGCUUCCAGAUCGACGUGUCGUACGCAAAGAUGAAGGCCGCGACAGCCAACUCGUUCCCCGAGAUGCAGGACGGUGGGUUCAAGCAUUUGCCGCGCGCAACGAGCGGGCGAGCAGGCGGUGUCCAGGAUGAUUGA